AUGGACCCCGCGACCGCCAGUCUAGCAGAGCUUGCUCGCUCCCUAGGUAACGUAACCCUUGCUAAGGAGAGCGACCGGCUGGCUACUACAAUCUUGAGUAUGGAGUCUCCAGCCGUCGAGCUCAUGCCCGAGGGAGCCGAGCUGGAUGUAGAAGUGCCGAGUCUGGUGGCACAAGGGGAGCGACCUGCUCCAGACCCUCGGACUAUCGGCGUCUAUGACAACUCAUUCUUCGUCGUGCUGCCAACCAGCGCACUCAAUCCGUUCGCGGUCCAGCAGUCUCAUGAUGCAGUCGCCGACCUCUUCACUGUAAUAGAAGCUGUAGCUAGGGAGCCCGGCAAAGGCGUACUCCAGAUGGUUAGCUAUUCUCACGAUGACGGCAACACUGUUCAGCAUCUCUUCAAGCUGACCGCACCUUCAGGAAGAACAGCCACCAUCGUUCUGUCCGACGCCCAGUGGCGCAAGUUACUAAAGAAGCAGUAUCGUCACCCUUGGCUGACCAUGCUUAGCACUCUAGUCUAUCGUCGUUCUGCCCGAAGCCAUUAUCAUGUGCGCGGCCAUCUGUACCGAGCCUUUGGCGACCAUGCAUUGGCAGUGGACGAGCGGGUUUGGUUGGAUAGAUGGGACUCGCAGCCACCACGAUCUGCACGGCACUUGCUCUACGCUCGUCUACGCAUCAGCAGCGAAGAGCCUAGGGACGGCAAGAUCGCAGAGCUGCUGCCUUGUGGACAUUACGAGAAUAUUCGUAAGAUCCAGAUCUUUGCUAUGAAGAGUCCGGCAUGCUCCUCUUACUCGUGCGAGCAAUGUGGCUGCAGAGUUUUGCUGCCCGAGGACGACCGAGAGUUGAUGCUUCGGACUGAGCGGCGGCGAACCAAGGAGCAUAUUCGCGUGACGGCAGAGUGGCAGGUACUUGAUGAUCAAGUUCUCGACCAUUCCAUGCAGAAUCUGAUGCCUGCAUCCGCCCUACGCUGUGCUCUCGCUGCCGCCCUUGGGUCACUCCGUCUCCCAGCGCUCGUCUGUCCACCCGAAUUGUCCUUCUUGCACUUCGCCGAGACGAGUGCUGUGUUUCACGCCUUGGAUGACACGCUGAAGGACAUGCAAACCAUCAACGCGAGGAAUGCCCAAGAGCUGUUCGAGAUGCUGGUUGAUUGCGUGAAGCUUGCACGCUUCGACGGCCCAGACAGUGCAUUGACCUUGAGCGGUCAGUUGCUACCAGGUUGGUCCGAAGACUUGAAGAGGUGGCUGACUCGAACACAUUCGGACGUCCUGGACCAGGCUGAAGUCUCUUGGGAAUACGGCAUUGAAGAGCCAGUCACAUCCAUGGCAGAGCUUGCAAGCAUGAUGUCCAAUACCACCAUUGACCAUGAUCCGACAGGCAUGGACGAUCUGCAGGCUCUAGUGCACCAUGGAGGUGUGGACCGCUGA